AUGGGUGGACUUGCUCCGAUGAACAUAAUAACAGACCAGGAUUUUAGCAUGCGUGCAGGCAUAGAGGAGGUCUUUCCGUUGGCAGUGCACAGGCACUGCAAGUGGCAUAUUAUAAAGAAGGCUGAGGAGAUGCUAGGACCGUUCUUUGCUGACCGUCCAGAGCUGCACAAGGCAUUCGAGUUGUGUGUGGACCACAGCUUGACGGUGGAGGAGUUUGAACGGAGCUGGACAGCUAUGAUUGAAACAUAUCAAGUCCAAGACAACGAGAUGCUUGCUAGCCUGUGGGAGAAGCGAAUGUACUGGGUGCCGGCCUACUGCAUGCAGUGCUUCUUCCCAUUUCUGCAGACUACGCAGUGCAGCGAGGGGUUCAAUGCUGUUCUGAAGUGGUACGUGAGCCCUAGCAACUCAUUGUUGCAGUUUGCCAAGCAAUACACAGCUUUGCAACAGAAAAUACUGGGAUCUGAGCUACAGCAAGAAGCAAACACCGCGCUCAAGCAGCCUAAAAUGCUAACAUAUUUACCAAUGGAGAGGCAGAUGAGCAAGACAUAUACCAACAAGAUUUUUAACAAGUAA